AUGCCAGUGCGGACAGCCGAUGCACUCGACAUCCAUUCCACCCUUCGUCAUCGACACGAGUUGACGCCUCUCCAAACUCACGAAACUCAUCGUACUCGCCUCCCCAUACGCAUCAGCUUUUAUCGGCAGAUGUCAACCUCGGCGGAUCGCACCUACGAGCAGCAGAACGACUCGGCUCUCGACGCCCUCUACUCGAAAGUCUCUUCGCUGCGUUCGGUGACCAUCGACAUCCACAACGACUCGGAGAACCAACGUGCUGGACUGCUUUCGCAGACCUCGGAUCAGUUCGAUCAGUUUGGCGCUCAACUGCAACGUACUUCGAAUCACUUUUCCCGGACCAUCGUCAACGGCGCACGACAGCAUCGGUUGACUCUGUACGUGGUCGGUGCGUUUGUGGGCCUUUGGCUGCUUUACAAGCUGUUUCUCUGA